CAAAACGUAACCUUGAGUAAAAGUUUAUUAAUCGGCGAGAUGGGCCGACAUCGGCCUUAGCCUUGUUAACAGUGAUAACGUCAAGCAAACAAAGUUUAUUAAUCAGUGUUUUUUUUUUAAUUUCCUGAUGGAAUACUGCCGAAUAUGUGCUGCUUCCACUGCAGUACACUCACAAAAUGUCAACAGAAUAUUCGAAGGUAUUGAUCCACUUGCUGGCAUGAUUAAUGAGUUGUGUGGAUUGGAGGUGCUGGAAAAUGAUGGAUUACCAGAUAUUGUAUGCGCUACAUGCGAAAAAGAUUUGAAGUCAGCACUGGGUCUAAAGCAAAAAUGUUUGGAGUCAGACGUAAAAUUAAGGUCAAUUAUCAAAACGGAAAAUCUACUUAAAACAAUUUAUGAUGCUCCGGUUAUUAGCUACAAAAUACUAUAUGAAGAAGUGAUAGAACACACUCCGCCAGAAAUCGAAACCACCUACAUAGUCGAGUCACAGCCUACUCUAAUUGAAGAGCCAAAUACUGCUGAAGUCGAUCAGUCAAAGCCUACACAAAUUAGAGAUCUACUGCCUACUAAAACCGAACAACCAGAGCAUACUAAAAUUGAAGAGCCACAGGUUAGCCAAGUUGAAGACUUAAAGCUUUUUCAAAUCGAAGAGUCUGAGCCCACCCGAAUCUCAGAACCAGAUUUUGCUCCGAUUGAACACCCUUUGAAACAAGUAGAACAAACGGAAGUGAACCAAACCCAGAACAAGGAAGAUGGCAAAGAAGGUAAUCAAUCCUUCCGUUGUUGUGGCUGUGAACAAAUAUUCCAAGCCAAAACAAAGUUAUUGCAACAUUCAAAGGAAGCACACGAGCGCCAAAGAACCUCCAACAGCGAAAAACCAUUCGAAUGCUCCGUAUGCUACAAGCGAUACACUACCGAGCGGGGAUACAAAUUGCACCGGAAGAGUGUCUACCAACUGAAAAAUCACCAGUGUCCUUCGUGCGGCAAACGAUUCAGUAAUCGAAGGGUUCUGGACAAUCACGAAAGGACCCACACAACGCUGAAACCUUUCCCGUGCAGUUCCUGUUCCAAAAGCUUCAGAUCGAAAUCUAAUCUGCUGUCGCAUCUAAAACUACAUUCCGCAAUUCAAGAACGCAAGAAACAUGUUUGCGACAUAUGCGACAAAGGAUUCAGUCGGAAAAGUUAUCUGAAGUACCACAAAAAUUUAUUGCACAGCGAAGAAACGCCUUUCCUUUGUUCAUUUUGCCCGAGUAAGUUCAAGGCAAACGCCAACCUACGCCUGCACCUGAGAACACAUACCCAGGAGCGACCGUAUUCUUGUGAUCUAUGCGACAAAACCUUCAUGUAUCCCACCGACAAGAAGCGACACGUCCUGCAGCAUUCCGGUAUGAAACCGUUCAAAUGCCAGGACUGCGAUAAAGGAUUCACGCGGAAGACGUUGCUGCAGAAACAUCGUACCAAUUGUCAUGAAGAUGUGCCGACGGGACAAGCAAAUCAAGACGAUGAAGUUUUGAAGAAGACAACGAUAUUAACUAUCUGCACGCUGGAUCAACAUAUAGCCAUGCUAGAGGCAUUUUAUUUUCAUAAAAACAAAACCAUCAUAACAGACUAUCAGGAAAGCCCUUCUCGGAGGAUCUCGGUGAAGAAGUAAAUUGGAAGACUAUGAUCCACUCACAUUCUGGAACAAUCAUCACGAAGAGCUUCCACAAGAGAGAAGUACUAGUGUCCACAUUGUCCCCGAGUGGCUGGGUGGAUAUACGAUAAACAACAAGAUAAGACAAUCAAGGCUCAACCGCUCAACUACUACGGGCACAUCCUUAGGAGCGAUCCAGGCGGAUUUUUGAAAACGGCACUCAACCUAAAACGAAUAGAAAACCUGUAUUUGACAGGACGUGGAGAGGAGCUAAAUUCUUAUUGAAGUAUGGCAGGAUAUAACACAAGAAAGGAGCAAGUUCAAACAAACCAUUAAAAAUCUGUUUAGUAGCAUGGUGGAGUCGGAAUUUGAGACUAGCAGCGACUCUGACUUCUCCGGAUUCAGUGAUGAGGAUUCCAUCAUGAGAGGAACCAAUUCUGACGAAGAAGUCGGUCCGAGGCAACGACUAUAACAACCCACAAAGCACCCCCAGUCAACCGAUGAUUUAGCAACACAAUUAAGCCCAGAAUUUCAUAGGUAUGUUCAUACAAUCGUUAUAUUAACACGC